GAAGAAGGGAGGAGCUUCGCCCUGGCAGGCGGCUCUCACCCUCAGUUGUUUUCUCCCCCUUUUUCUGUAGCCAGAAACGUCACACAGCCAUGUAACUGUAAUACAAGAAGUGAAAGAGGCAGAGAGAGAGAGAGAGAGAGAGGGAGAGAGAACAGGCACAGCUCAACUUCUAACCCUUAACAAAGGCAAGAGAGAGAGAGAGAGAAAGGAUUUGUCAAGGCACUACCCAAAAGAAAAGAAAAGUGGAGGUGGGGUGGGGAGAGACCGCUGCAGCCCCUGAGAAACCAGGCGAGGCUCAAUUUCUGGAGGAGGAGAAGCAAGCAGCUCUGGAGGUUAGAGCGCUGCCCUCUUGGAUUAUGUGGGGCUCCUGUUGGCGGAGGACACUGACUCGGGAGGUCCUGCUUGCUAUCUGACUCAAGAAACGCCAAUGAAUGUUUGUAUCCCAAAUGCUUACAAGCAGCUGGAAGAAAACCCAAAUAUGAGACUGAAGAGAUAAAGGCUCCAUCAGCAGGAAUGCAUGAUUGAAAAAGCAUCCCAGUUUCCCAGCCCGGAACAGGGUUCUGCACUUUUGACUGAUGCUUCUGCGGUGCAGAUGGAUUGUAGCAUAAGCGCAAACAUGGAAUUACGAAGAGCCUCGAGUCCUCACAAGAUGAACAAGAAUGAUAUGAAUGCAAACAAGUCUGUGCUGCACAGCUGCUGCAUCUGUGGCAAAAGUUUUCCUUUCCAGAGCUCACUUUCACAGCACAUGAGGAAGCACACAGGGGAGAAGCCAUACAAGUGUCCUUAUUGUGACCACCGAGCUUCCCAAAAGGGCAACUUGAAGAUUCACAUCCGGAGUCACAGGACAGGCACUAUUAGUCAGGGGAAUGAAGUGGAGAUGGGAGGAGAAGCACAGCUCAGUGAGAUGAGAGUAUCUGAAGGCCUUGAUGGUUGCACUAGCCCCACCAAAAGCACCUCUGCCUGCAACAAGAUAUUGAACGGAGCAACUCCCAAAGAAGAAGGCAAGAUCUUGCUCAGGAGCAGCAGGAAGGAGUCCUCUGAAGAAGCACCAGUUGGAGAAGAUGUUAAGUUAUGUACUUUUCCAUGUACCUUCUGCAAAAACAAAUUUGAAGGUAAGAAAGCGUUGGAGCAGCACAUACACCAGGUCCACAAACCUUUCAAAUGCAGGCUGUGCAACUACAUGACAUUAAGAGAGGAGACUCUGCUAAACCACAUAGAAAGAGACCACAUCACCACUCAGGUUCCAAACGGGGAAACGUACAAUGCCGAGAACUGCAAGGCUGAGUCGAGUGCAGGAGAGUUUCCUUGCGAAGUCUGUGGGCAGGCUUUUAGUCAAACCUGGUUCCUCAAAGCUCACAUGAAAAAGCAUAGAGGGUCAUUUGACCAUGGAUGCCACAUCUGUGGCAGGAAAUUUAAAGAGCCCUGGUUUCUCAAAAACCACAUGAAAUCCCAUGGCCCAAAAUCGGGGAGCAAAAACAAGCCAAAAAACGAUUCUGAGCCUAUAGCCACUAUUAAUGAUGUCGUUCAAGAAGAGAUGAUUGUGACUGGUUUGUCCCUGUAUGAAAUUUGUACAAAGUGUGGAAACCUGUUUACAAAUAUGGAAAGCCUAAAAGCACACAAUUCUGUACAUUGCAAGUCUCAAGAAGCCUGCAGUGAACAUAGAGUUGAUAGGCUAGUUGACGGGGAACCCCCUGUUGCAAAGCAGUUUUUCUUCCAGUAUCUGAAAUUAAGGCCAUCUGUAGGGAUUGAUGGCACUCCAAGGGGCCAUUCAGGAAAAAGAGUAGCUGAGCUGGAUCCAGUCAACAGUUACCAGGCUUGGCAUCUGGCUACCAAAGGAAAAGUUGCAGAGCCUUCUGAGUACGUGAAGUAUUUAGGAUGGGACGAAGUCCUGGCGGAUGCUGACGUCACUUACGACAGGGACAAAAGGGAAUAUAUUCUCGUCAGCCAAGAAAAGCGCAAACAAGAGCAGGACUCCUUCAGCUCGUCUAGCAAUCCGAAGAAGAAGAAUUGUACUAGUGGGCGUUCGGAAAAAAGCAGCCAUGUGCAGUCAGGAGACAGCUGCAUGCUUAGCCAAGAAGACCUGGAGUAUAGGCCGUCCUCGCGCCAGAGCAGAAGGGUGUCUCAGAACAAGUCUACAGAGUGCUUUGAGUGUGGCAAGAUCUUCCGCACCUAUCACCAAAUGGUACUUCAUUCCCGUGUGCACAGGAAAGACCGCAGAAGCUGCAGUGAAGGGGUGGCGGCCGCUCAGCAAGAUCAGUAUAGAUCAAAUAGUGAGGAUGGGGACUCUGGGUCUGCCAGUGGACCGAGCACACCAAGUUCUGCUUCUGGCCCAGAUGAUUCAGUCACCUCUGGAGUGGGUGAGGAGGGGCCCGAGGAUAGUUCAGAGGAAGCAACACAAGAGCCACCCCCACGUAAAAAGCCGUACCUCUGCAGUUUUUCUGAAGGAGCACCUCUGGCAACCCUACAGUUCAACCAUGGGAGAAACAUUACAAGAGAAAACAACGCCAGUGAAUCUAAAACAGAGCUGUCUUUGGUGGCAUCUAUACCAGAAAACAAGACCAGAGAACCCUUUCCAAAAUAUGUGGAUUGCAAAAUUUCCCUUGAUUUAAAGAAGUCGGCAUUUCAGCCAAGCCACAAUUUCCCUUGCUCCAGUAGGACUGUUGACUUUGCUUCUAGACUCUGUCCAACAUAUUCUGAUGUGAGACUGGAUUUGCAAACCCCGCUGGGCAAGGUCUCUAAGGAGAAUCCUCCUGAUAUGUGUGAAGACUCUGUGUUAAUUGACAAUGCAGAUUUCCCAGAGAAGAUUCCAUUAGAUCUAAGUGAGAAGUCAAGCAGGGCUGUUUCAUGCAAUACGAGUUUUACCUCAACCUUACAGGCUGCUUUGAUUGUCCACCCAUGCCCUUACUGCAGCCAUAAGACCUAUUACCCAGAAGUCCUGUGGAUGCACAAAAGAAUUUGUCACAAGGUCAGCUGUAACUCUGUGGCUCCCCCUUGGGUUCUUCAAAAUGGAUUCAAGAGUAUAAAACACAACACCGUUUUCAUGGCACGAAGUGGCCGCACCGGACCCCCUCCUGCUCUUGGUGGUAAAGAAUGCCAGCCUUUGCCUGUCAGCAGAUUCACACGCCUUCAGGUGCCAAGUGGGUUGUCAGGAUCUAAAAAUAAUUCUUCUGGUUCUGUUAUGACUGCUAAGCCUGGGACUAUGCAGAAGGAUGCUCCUCUGCCCACUGGUAGCUAUGGUCCACGGUCAUCAGGCACUGAUGGGUACAGGCAGCCGAAACUAAACCACACCCACGAGCAAAACAGCACAGUAUCCCAGCAGCCCCAACUGAAAGCAAAAUACGAAGCAAACUCCAAGUUGCUGCAGGCAGGGAGCUUUGGCAUAAGUUUGGUGCCUUCCCCAGUGAUUAUCUCUAAACCCAACUCACAGCCCUCCAACAGCAAACUCGCUGAGAAGUAUACCAUUCCCCAAGUCAGUGCUGGGUUUGUCCCUUUAAGCAAGCAUUGCGCUUCAGAACCAGGGAAGGCCAAAUUUUACUCUCCGCCUCAGUACCUCCCCCCAUGUAAAGCUGAACCAUACCUUGUGCAAGAAGAUCCACCUGUGCCUCAGCAAGAUCCGAACACCAAGAAAGAGAAUGAGGUGAGGGCGCUGGUGAAUUGUACAGCAGGAUCCAGAGCAAGUCCUCUGAUGCUGCCCCAGCCUAAAACAGCAGGGCCUCUCCCACCUGUACAUUCCACCAAACAGGAGCCACCAUCGGAAGGACACGAGAAGUGCUUGGACAUUUUGAACAUCUUUAAGACCUCCAUUCCAAAGGAUCUCGCCACUCUCUACCAAACAUGGGGUGCCAAUAGCCCUGUAGUGGACCAUGCUGGGAUGCUUAGGACACAAACACGCCAAGGAGACUAUCUCUGCGUAGAGUGUGGAAAGGGUUUCACCCAACCAAGCCACCUCAGAACUCACAUGAGGUCUCACACAGGCGAGAGACCCUUCCAGUGCAGAUAUUGUCCAUACAGUGCCUCUCAGAAAGGGAACCUAAAGACGCAUGUCCAGUGUGUACACCGGGUUCCUUUUGACAACAGCCAGUACCUUGAUCGACGGUUCCUGCAGCCUCCAAAUAAUUAUUCUCACAACCCUAUGGAAGAACAGCUGGAGAACCUCCUUGCAAAGCAUCCGGUCCCAGGAGCGACUGUGUUACAAUGAAAUCUGUGCUCUGUGCUUUGCUGGAAAGCGAUGCCUCUGAACUGUUAAUCAUUUUUUAAAAAAAUAAAUGAAGAAGCUGCAGAAGAUAUAUACAAAUUGACAUACUAAUCAGUCCCCACAGCUCCUUAUUUCCUUUAUAACAAACUGUGGCGUUGGCAAGCUUUCUGGUGGCGCAAGGCAUCUAUAUUAAUCAAGAUAACUUUUUUUUAGACACUGGAAAAAUUAAACUUUAUAUGAUUUGGAGGGCAGCACUGCAACAAAAUCCUCCCUCAUGGUUGCUUGAAUCUUCAAAACACACACACACACACACACACACACACACACACAGGUGGAUGUGGGAAUGUGGGAUGGAGUGAUUAAUGAAACUGCCAUUAGCUGUCAUGCUGGGGGAGAAAAACACAACUUUUUUCCCUCCCCCCCCCCAAAAGGAAGAAAGCAAAAUGGAGGAGUCAUUCAGUGCUGUGAAAGCCAGGCUUGAUGAAGGACGGAAGGGACUAAAGAGAAAAACCAUCAUUCUGCA